UAAGCCGUGCGAGUCUGCGUGCAGUCUGUGGCACAUCGGAGUCGGCGGUCCGUUUCCCAACAUUUCUCCGUCCCGGAAUACAAAAAGUGAUGCUUCGUGGUUACCGGCUGCACAUACAGGCAGAGGAGAACCGGUGGUGACAACUUUGCACCCCGUUUCACCCUCUUCCCUGGAGUAUAUACCUCUUUUUGUCUCCCUUGUUUUGGAAGAAGCAGAAUAAGCUGUGUUUAGCUCUCCUGAAAUGUCGGACCAGCUUUAAAGAAAAAAACACAGUAACUUGUCUGUCUUCGUGCGGGAGAGGAAACAUUUCGGAUUGGCUUUUGCUUUUUUUGUAUAUUUUUCUUCUUCCAGAAGAGAUCGUGAGCUGUCGCGUUUCCGUGGGGGAAUGACUCCCUUUUCUCCGUAGCUCCAUGUAAAUCAAUUUUUUUGGGUGGUGUCGUCCAGCUCUUCGCCCGGGGGACUCCGUGCCGCUGCUCACUGGAUACACGAGCACGUCUGCGCUGUAACUCGCUGUAAAUGGAGCGCCAGCCCAGUUUCAUUUCAAUUUGGCUUCAACUGGAACUCUGUGCCAUGGCGGUUCUCCUCACUAAAGGAGAAAUAAGGUGUUACUGUGACGCGCCACACUGCGUGGCGACUGGAUACAUGUGCAAGUCGGAGCUCAACGCCUGCUUCACCAAGGUUCUGGACCCGCUCAGUGGAAACUCCCCCCUCACCCAUGGGUGCUUAGACCCCAUCACCAACGCGGCAGACAUCUGCAGCAGCGUCAGCUCCGGGGCUGCCGAUGUCCUCGGCGGGGCCUCUGCGCUGGAGUGUUGCCACGACGACAUGUGCAACUAUAGAGGCCUGCACGACAUGGCCCAUACCAGAGACUCAACAGAUCACAGCCGGUACCAGCCAGACAGCAGCAACCGGAACCUGGUGACGCGGGUCCAGGAGCUGGCCUCUGCCAAGGAGGUGUGGUUCCGGGCGGCGGUGAUCGCCGUCCCCAUUGCCGGCGGCCUCAUCCUGGUACUGCUGAUCAUGCUGGCGCUGCGGAUGCUGCGCAGCGAGAACAAGCGUCUGCAGGACCAGCGGCAGCAGAUGCUGUCGCGCCUCCACUACAGCUUCCACGGACACCACACCAAGAAGGGCCACGUGGCCAAGUUGGACCUGGAGUGCAUGGUGCCCGUCACGGGCCACGAGAACUGCUGCCUGACCUGCGACAAGAUGAGACAGGCUGACUUGGGAAACGACAAGAUCCUGUCUCUGGUGCACUGGGGGAUGUACAGCGGUCACGGCAAGCUGGAGUUCGUAUGACUCCCGCCACUGCUUCUUCUUGUCGUCGGCCUCUGCCCUUUUUUUUUUGUUUUUGUUUUUUUGUUUAAAAAAAACGAAGACAUUCCCAUGUUUUUUUCCGUUCACUGGACUUUUGGGUAGUUGGUUCUUUUUCAACUAGCGGUGGGGACAAAAAAACGACCAGACUGAUGGGAGACAGACAGCGUGUUUUUUUUUUUUUUUUUUUUUUUGCUAGAGGAGCACUUUACUUGAAAAAAUGAAAGGCAAAGCAACGAGUUGUAUUUAAGAGUGGAGAAGGGCAGAACUGAGGCGGGCCGAGAGCUUCGUCACUGCUACCGAGGAUCCUGGACUUUGACACUGAGCGCUGAAGGAUUCCAAAUCUGUCUUAUUUGCACAUUUGUAAAGAAAAGAAAACAAGUUGUUGCUUAAAACACAAUUUUACGCCAGGGUACAAAAAACGAACUUCUCUGAGGACUACGAGUGUUGACUGUAGCACACUCCUCCGAUGUACGCUUUCAUGAUUCAAGCUUGUUGUACAGAUUUUAAAUAUAUAUUAAAAGAAAUUGUCUAAUAAAACUUAUUGUGGGUGAAUGUCUCUCUGUGAUCAGACCAUAAGCUUGAUUGUGAGCGUGAAAGAACUUUCAUUAAAAGGACUUUUUAUGUAUUUCACUA